ACGCCAUCCAGUAAGUGCAAGAUGAAGGUGCUCGAGGCGUCCGAGGGGCCGCUGACCAACUACGAGGUGAUGACCCUGCUCGAGGAGAGGAAGAACGGUCGCAUGGAACGCAAGACGCACUCUACUCUGUACGCGGAGCGCAACUGGAUUGAUUCCAAAGUUCUCAAAUGCCUGUCCCAUUCGCCAGCCAAGACGUUAACGGAAGACAAGAUCGCGCACUUCUUAUCCAUGGUCGCGGGAUUCGAGCUUACGAAUGCAGAGAAGCUUCAAUUUAUCAACCAUUGCCCGAUGGAGUUGGUGGACGUGCACUUGAUCAUUGAAGAUUGUGCCGAACGACUCACGGAAGUUCAAGUCGAAGAGCUCAUGGCCAUUACAGCGGAGACUCUCGGUGCUACUGACGACGACGAGGACGUCCAAGACGUCUAAGGUGAAAACACCCGUGCUGUUUCCGAAUGUCCACAUAACUUAAGCUUUUCAAGCACACGUCGAUCGUGGUGGUUUUUCUGGGCCAAGUGUUCCCAGUCCGUCGAUUCGUUUCAACAUUCGCCUUUGAAUCAGCCUUCGUAUGGCCCCA